CUGACCGCUGACGACACCUUCUCUGUAUUACCGACCUUUCUAUCUCUCAUUCUUCGAUUUUGCCAAAGACAGAAACAGCUGCCUGGAGCUGGUCUUCUCCAAUUGGCAAUCUCGCAGGCUUCCGGUUCCCCUGUCACUGUUAUAUCCUCCCAGUGCACUCCCGAAGCUCCCGUCCACCUCACUCUCAACGAGCCGACACUUCCCACCGGCUCGCCAACAUGCAGUCCGGCAUCGCCGCCUCGAAGGAGCUCGUCUCCGAGUUCAACAACCUGCUCAGCGAUAGCUCCGCGUUCGCCCUGGUCGUCACAAUCGCCAACGAGGCCCUGACGCCCGUCGCGCUCGUGCCCGCCCCCGCCUCGUCUUUCUCAGACAACCUCUCCGCGCUCUCGCCGCACAUCAAGCCCAACGAGCCUCUCUACAUCAUCCUCCGCCGCUUCGACACCGUGCCACGCCUGAGCGCCGUCACCUACGUCCCCGACAUUGCCAAGGUCCGCGCCAAGAUGCUCUUCGCGGCCACGCGGCUGACCCUGACCCGCGAGCUGGGAAGCGAGCACUUCCGCGAGUCGCUCUUUUGCACGCUGCCCGAGGAGCUCACGGCCGCGGGCUUCGACAAGCUCGACCGCCACGCCGCCCUCGACGCCCCGCUCACCGAGGAGGAGCGGACGCUGGGCGAGGUCAAGCGCGCAGAGGCCGAGGCCGGUGCGGGCACGGGCGUCAGGGAGAUCCACCUCAGCAAGAACAUGAACAUGCCCAUCAGCCAGGAGGUGUUGAACCGGCUCGGCGAGCUUGCUCGCGGCGAGGGAGAGGGUGUCGUCAUGAUGAAAAUCAACCGCGAAACCGAGACCGUCGAGCUCGCCCCCAGCACUGGAAGCAAGCCCUCUACAGUAUCCGACCUCGUGAGCGCAAUCUCCAAGACCGAGCCGCGCUUCACCUUCUGGCGCUUCACGCACACGCACGGGGGCGCCGAGUCGAGCCCGGUCCUCUUCUUCUACACCUGCCCCGCCGUCGCGGGCAAGGAGAUCAAGUACCGCAUGAUGUACCCGCUCAUGAAGCGCGCCGUCAUCACGGCGGCCGAGAAGGAGGCCGGCGUGCAGGUUGAGAAGAAGUUUGAGGUCGAGGAGCCCGAGGAGAUUACCGAGGAGUCGGUCCUUGCGGACCUGCACCCCAAGGUCGAGGUCAAGCAGGCGUUCCGCCGGCCCAAGCGGCCUGGUCGGUAAACGAGUUGACAAUUAUUUCUUCGUUGGCGAGCGAAUGAUUUGCUGGAGCCCUCCCGGGAUGAGGUGUUCGGCAGCAUCGUACUAGCACGAAUACCUAUAGAAAACUGCAUUCAUAACCCGGCCAAUAGAACACAGACAGUAUGAGCAUGGCAGUUUUUGCGGAUGUGUAUAUAUGCUUUCCCGAUGCUCAUCGCUAUGUUCUUGGAAAAAUGGUAUCAACCCUCCCGAGCCCAAUCCAAGGAAUGGUAUACACUUUGUAUAUACAAGGUCAAAAAAUAUGCGCCGCCCUUUUUUCGGGCCUCUCUCCCUCCUUCUCUGCGAGAUAAAGCAUCGGAGCUCAUUCCUAGUUCAUUCCAAUCAAGCACCUGCUGUUUCCCUCUCGAGAU